ACAAGCUAUAUACUGCACUCUUCUGCUGGGUUGCAGACAGCCAAGGUCCUGCAGCACUCAUUUCUUCUCAGCUGUAUUUGACCUACUACUACUACUACUACUAUCUGCAAGCAUGUCUGUGUUAAUAAAGAACAUGACCUUCGAGGCUGGACAAACCCUGACUGUUGUUGGAGUCAUCAAUCCUGAUCCCAAAGAGUUUGAAUUGAAUAUCGGCCCCAGCGAGGACAGAAUUGCACUUCAUUUCAACCCUCGUUUUAAUGCCAAAGGAAAUAUAAAUACAAUUGUCUGCAACUCUCUUGAGGGAGGGGGAUGGUGUGAGGAGCAUCGUGAGAAAAGCUUCCCUUUCUGUCAGGGACAGGAGUUCAAGAUUGUCAUCAAAUUCACCCCUUCAGAGUUUGUGGUGACUUUACCGUGUGACUCAACAAUCCGUUUCCCCAAUCGCAUCGGUGAAGAGAAAUACUCGGUCAUGACCUUUAAAGGGGAUGCUCGCAUAAGAAGCAUUGAGAUCAAGUAAAGCUCUGUCCUCCCUGGAAUUUCUGGAUUAAAGAUCCUGUUUUCUUUUUCUGUUUGUCUAGCAGCAGGUAAUAAGUAGCCAUAGGUCUUCAGCUUCCUGAAUACAUGCCAAUCUUGAAUCUGAUCACAGAUUGUCAUAUCUUACAGGAAUAUAGUUUGUUGAGAGCAGAUCCUAACAGCGAUGGACAUAAAGAUCGACAGAUAAGAUGACUACUUAAAAACAUCAUAAGCUUUAGGUCUUUAGCACACUAAGUGAACAUCUUUUGUGGAAUCCUACCAUGAGAAGUUUUAAAGUAGCCCAAGUGAUUUGCUUUUUGCAGUUUUUUGCUUUCUAGAAUCAUAUACACUAUAUGUGUGAUCAGGUUUUCUUUAAGGUGUCUUAAAUUGCUUCACUAUUUGUUUUUCCAAGACAUUUCACUUUUUA